GCAGUACUUUGCUCUUUAAAGCACACUCUUCUGCCGCUGCAAAGAUGGCGGAGAAGUCGUGCACGAUCCGGACCAGGAAGUUUAUGACCAACAAGCUGUUGGCCAGACGGCAAUUUGUGAUCGAUGUUCUGCACCCAGGCAGGCCUAAUGUGCCCAAGGCCGAGCUGAAGGAGAAGCUGACAAAGAUGUACGAUGUCCGCGACAGCAACGGCGUCUUUGUCUUUGGCUUCAGGACCCAGUUUGGUGGCGGCAAGUCCACAGGCUUUGGGCUGAUCUAUGACACCGUCGACGCGGCCAAGAAGUUCGAGCCAAAGUACAGGCUCAUCAGGAAUGGACUGGCAGAGGCCCCACAGAACAAGUCCAGGAAGCAGAUCAAGGAGAGGAAAAACCGCACCAAGAAGAUCCGUGGUGUCAAGAAGAACGCAGUUGUUGGAAAGAAGUGAGGAGGGCAGGGUGGCUGCUGUCUAUGGGCGGCUCACGACGAAGCAUAGAAAGCAAUUGCUGUGGCCUGCAGCUGUUUCGUAUGGUUGCUUGGCGUGCUGGCAGCAUAAUGUCAGUUGGACUAGAAUUGACAGCAAGCUUGCGGCACAGCGUGCUUUGUGCAUCGUGACUGCACCUCUCAUUCUGGCUGGUCUCAUGUACACUUCGGCAUUGUAAUAACCACGUUAUGUUCCA